UAUUUGUCAAAUUAUAAAUACAAAGUAGAAAAUGUAAUCUAAUACGGACGUUCAUAAAUUGUAAUCUCUGACUUUCGUAUAUUUCUACUUUGUAUGUACAUACAUACUUGUCUGUUUCUAUUGUUAUUCCCCCAAGGACGUAUCGACGAACUGGUUUGUCGUUGAACAGUUCGAUUAGUAAACACCCGAUCGUUUCGGCAAUCACGUCUGGAAAUGUUAAAAGACAAGGUAUUUAGUAAAAGCGCCGCAUAUCCGUUUUCGAAGAUCUUUCACUUCGGACAGGAGGUGGCGAACAGAGUCUGUCGGUUCUGCAAGAAGACGUUUUGCUGCGUGAAAUGUCACGAUCGCCAUGUGGACAAGGCGCAUCCCGACGUGAAUCCCGAUUGUUUUCUGUGCGCCUCUGAGAUAUUGCCGAUGCGACAGUGCGAGUCCGCGAAACUGAACUCGGAGGAUGAGAAAUUGUUGAGCCACAUAAUAGACAAGCAUUUGCCGUUACGUUGCCGGCUGUGCGGUGAUUUAUUUGUAUCCAGAGAAGACUUCAAGUCCAUCGCUGCGUGCAAGUGGUUUGAACGCUGGCGUUGUCUGACGUCGCCGACCUGCUUCGACUACCUGGAGAAGAAUAAGCUGUGCUCCAUAAGUGAGAGCGACUGCAACGGCAGCAGAUUUUGCACGCCGCCGGAAAUCUAUCGGAAGACCAGCACGCCGAUGUUCAUCGGCCAAAAGGCCGGCUUCGAGACGCCCUGCGUGCCGGAAUUCACUUUGAAAACGCCCAAGCCGAGCUCGCCGUACUCGAUCGCGCAGAUCGCGUCGAUCUCGAACGACACGCAGUUCUUCAGCUUCGUGCUGCACGCCUCGAGCGAGGAGACGCCCUUCAGGACUUGCAGGGACGAGGACUUCUUCAAGACAAGCAAUUCCUUCAGGAAGCUUUGCAUCAUGGAGGAGGAAGAGAAGACCGCGCACGAAGAAGCCGCCGAGAAGAUAACUGCUAACGAGAUCAAGGUGUCGUCGCCUGUGGACAUGGACCUGACAUCGCCCGAGGGCGGCAUCCUGCAGGACUCGCCGCAGUCGGACGACGUCCGCGAGGACGUCGUGAAGAAGGUGAGGUUCUCCGAUCAGUUUAAAACCGCGGCGGGCGAGACGCGCGGAAUAAACUUGACGGACUCCUGCGUGCGAACUAUUCUCAACACGUCGAUGGAGGAGGAGGAGGAUGAUGAGUUUCACGACGCUAAUAAUGAGAUCAACGCACGGAAGGCGAAAACCACUGCGGAAGACAUAAAGGACGCGAAGAACGCAGAUGAUACGAACAACGUGGAAGACACGCGCAGCGCGGAAGGUGCGAAGAGCACGAACGACAGCGAAGCGGAGGAUAAAACGCGCUCUUCGAUACAACUUUCGGAGAAUCUUUUAAGCAAUUCGGAAAUCAGGAUCAUUCAGGGCAACACGAAAAACGCGAAAAAAGAGAAUAGAGAUCCUGAAGUGAGCGACGAAGUUGCGCCAACUCGGCCAACUUCGAAUCAGCGAGAUUCCAAUAGCGUGGUGGUGGUGGUGAUGAUGGAGAGCAAUUCGGGGGGAUUAACCAACGAUCUGAUCAUAUCGGGUCUGAACCAAGGUCUGAACAUGAUGAAGGAGCAAAUCGCGUCGGCGAAUUGUCAGGCACCUUCAGUCAGCGCGCCCGAGUCUGCUAACGUCUGUAGACGGUCUAUCACGACGAUGAGGAUGAGUGUCUCGAGUGUCGAGAGCUAUUCCCCGAACAGGGCGGAGAUGAUGACGAAUCACGGACAGCUCGCGCCAGCAUCUUUUUCGUCAUCCGUACAGAGCGGCGAAAACAAUAACAGCAGCGGAUUUCUGUCGACCUUCACGCAAGCUAUGAAGCACGCCUUCAGAAGUUUCUCUGUUUCAGGCUUGAGAAUACCGCCAAGAAGCAUCGAGGCAACUGAAGUGAUGCAGCGACGAGAGAUCGUUGAGGAAUUGACAUCCUCGCAGGAAUUAUCCAGCAGCGCCAACAACAGCACAACUCGUCCCGGUAAACGAACCCGCGAGGUCACCGAGGGGUCCUCGAGGGAAGGUUCGAUCGCGUUCGCGCUCGACAUAAGGAGUCCCCUCGCGAAACGUCAGAAGGGAUGGUACAAGAUGAUCAGGGGACGCCAGCCGAUCGGCAGGAUGCGGAAUAGCCGCGUGCCAACCUCGCCCAGAGGAGUGUCCGCAGAGACGCAGGUUUUCAGUCAAGGAUCCCUGACGGUGGGCGACACGGUCCUGCCACUUCCUGUGAGAGCCCAUCAAUCCACAGAGUAAAACGAUGCUCCUUAUAAAAGAUGAAGAUACCUAACAGGCAAUAAUAAAUUAACCCACUUUAUGAAAUUAUUUUUGAAAAACUUUUUUUUAUCGGAUUUAGAAAAAUUAA